AUGUCUGACGCCGAGCAGCAGCAGCAGCAGCAGCAGCACAAGGAUCCCCAACCCCCAAAGCAGCCUCCAGGCCUGCGAACCAUCGACUUCUCCACAAGCCAGCCCCUCCGCCAGAUGACAACCACCCUCCGCCGCGUCUGGCUCCUCGACCCAUCGCUGUCCCGCGAAGAGCUCGCGGACCCCGCCACCGUGCAGGAGCGCUUCCGCUCCCUCUGCGAGGCCGUCUCCGGGGAGAUCACCUCUGACAACGACGACGACGAUGAGGCACGGUGGGACCACGCCCGCUGGCUCGGCCGCACCAAGCUGCCGCUCCUGGGCGCGCCCGUCGUGCAGGUCUGGGUGGACCCGCCGCCCCCGCACAGCGCCGAGUCGCCGUUCCGGGAGGGUGUGUAUGACAGCUACCGGCACGUAUUUGCGGACCUCUGGCGGGUGUUGCAGGCGGAGGAGCAGGAGCAGGAGGAGGAGGAGGAGGAGGCAGGAGGAGGAAGAAAAGGAAAAAUGCUGGACCGGUUCGACGCGGCGGACGGGUCGGCUGUGUCGCUCGGGGUGCUGAGGACCCCGUUCGCCAAGGGCGAGGAGCUGCUGGCGUACCCGACGGACACGUUCCUGUGUCCUGAAAAGAAGAAGAAGAAGAGGUAUGAGCACCCAAACCACCUCACCUCCCACCUCCACAAGCCCACCCUCCAUCAUUCUCCCCCCGUCUUCCCACCGCCCCCCUCCACCCGAUCCACCCACUCCCUCCCCCGCCCCAUCAAGACAAAAGCCUCAUCCGCCGUCUUCUUACUAUCCAAAAACUCCACACACCGCCUAACCCUACCCCCACCCUCCUCCAUCUCCAAAAUAAACACAUACUCCCCCUCAUACGUCCACAUGUCUUCCUCCUUCACUUCCCCCCUCUCCUUACCACCACCGUCCUCCUCCCGGAGGACCCCCCUGACAACCUCCUCCCGAAACAGCGCAGAAGACGUAGCCCACACCACCACACUGUUCGAGCCCUCGCUCUCCCAGACUUGCGUGGGCGUGAUGGGGAUCCCGGCCAGGACCUUGCGCAGGUCGCCGAUGAACGCGAGGAGGCUGGCGCGGUUGUGGGCCGGGAGGUGGAGGGACGCCGGGGCCAUGAUGUGCUCGUAG